AUGUCUGAACUGUAUUCUGAGAAUUUAAAUCGGUUUAACGGUAUCAUAGAGAGUUUACCGCUGAAGCUACGGCUUAAUAUCUCAUCACUGUGUCUUUUAGAUAAUGUUGCUACUCAGAUGCUGAGGCUACUUCUGCUAAACUCAACUUCACCUCAAGUAAUUGAAGUGAUAAGUGAUCCGACCGCAUAUUUGAGUUCUGGUGAGACUGAGAUGUUUCAAACGCUUCUGAAGCUUUUCACACACAUCAGAAUGAUUUAUGAUUCGAAAACGCCACUGCUAACGGUCCAUGAUGUAGUUCCUGGAUUAUGGUUCCCUAAUUGUCCCGCACCAUUAAUCUUAAGAGGGCAUGAAGCAUACAUUGUGACGGCAAUUCGAAAAUCAAAUUUACUCACUUUCUUACUGACUAUACUGAAUUGUUUCAACUACGGAUUUGAACUUUUACAAGAAUCGUUCUUAGAUGUUUUUUGUCCCAAUACUAUAUUCACUGGUAAUACUACGAUUGAUCAAAAUGGUAAAUUUUUAAAAUCACAGGCAAUUCUCUAUUUGGAGUUAAAGACACAGGCGUUUAUUUCAGCACUCAAAAGUUUUGAGAAUGGAUCUGAUCGAAUUCCAACUGCAAAGCAGCAGGAAUUUUUGGAUAUAUUUUUUUCCAAUAAUCUAUCAGACCAAUUGGUGUUAAGACGAAGGGGUAAUAGGCAUAACAUUACUGAAGAGAUUAUGACACCAUCGCAAAGAGAAUUUGUGGAAAGAUGUGAACGUCGUCGUGAAAAUCUUUUAAAUUAUACAAGUUUCAAAAAUCUAAUUCAGGAUUACGAUUGGAAUCAUUUUGUCAAAGAACUUUUAGAUUAUUGUAAUAAAAAUCUGGGACUAAUAAUUUGGGGACAUAAAGGUAAAGGUAAAUCACCACUUUACUGUUUUGAUAUUACGGAAUUUGAUACACAGGUCUUAUAUGCUUCUGGUGCGGCAGCAUCUGAUGAAAAUGUCGCCCUUGUAAACACCAAUGCGAAUACUUCUGGCGGUGUUCAUCAAAAUCUGUUGGGUGGUGAUCCGGGGUCAGGAUCCUUUGAUUCUCCUGAUUUGGCUUCUACCGUUACACAACAGGUGAUGCUCUCAGCUGGUGGUGGCGUAGACGGUGGAAGUAGUAGUCAUGACAAGGAUGCUAUAAAAGAUGUGCAUGGCAAUAGAUUAACAAAAUCGUUGGCUGAUGCAGCUGUAGCUGUAACAUCGAGCUCUCAAUUGGGUCAUCCUAUCACUGGUGCUGGCACCACUGCUGGUGGUGGUGGUGGCAGAGGUGGUAUGCUGAAAAAACUAAAUUCUAAGAGAACAUGGUCGAGGGAAGAACAAGAUGCAUUAGCAGAAGGUCUUAGGGAUGUUGGUCCAUCUUGGGCAAAAAUUCUCGAUCUAUAUGGGCCAGGUGGUAAAAUCAACGAAUCUUUGAAAAAUAGAUCACAAGUCCAAUUAAAGGAUAAAGCUCGUAAUUGGAAAUUACAGUAUCUGAAAACGGGCAGACCAUUGCCGGAAUAUUUACUCAAAGUAACAGGUACACUCGAAAGAACUUUUAGAUCGAAAAAGAAAAUAGGAUCUUCAGCGACAUCCCCUGCGGCGGCGGCCGCCGCCGCAGCUGCUGCUUCCUCCGUAGGAGGUGGUAAUCAUGAAAGAGAAUCAAGUGCAGCUUCGGAACUAUUUGGGCCAAGUGCUACCGACACUUCGGGGUUUGAUCCCAACCUAGAAGCUAAUAUAUAA